GGUCCCCUUUCUUAUGGGCUAAGCUACAGUUUCAGUUUUCGUCUCUGCAUUUACUUCUUCAUUCUUUCUUCUCCUUUGCUGCAUUUGAAUUCACUCCUUUAUCAAUUUCUUCUUUUACUGAGAUUCUUUUGGAGACUUUGAUUACUUUCAUCAUCUGAGUUUAAGGUUUUGGCUGAGAUAUAUGGGUGGUUUUGAUUUGAAUAAAGACGGUAACAAGCAGAGAAGAAACGGAGAUUCUUGGCAUUGCCUGGAUUCUCAUAAACAUGGCCGCUCUAAAAGUGCGUCGUCAGAGCGGGAUCUUCACACUUCUGGUAAUGGAGCUUCACAAUCUGCAAACAACUUCACUAGAAUGCAAGCAUCCUCUGUUCAAACAACAGCAAACAAGAGACCAAAACCACUGCAUAAUUGUCAGAUGUUAACUAAAAACAAUGUGUCUUCUAACGACAGAGCAUCCUUGGAACGCGAUGUUGAGCAGCUUCACCUUCGUCUUCAACAGGAGAAAUCUAUGAGAAUGGUGUUAGAGAGAGCAAUGGGCCGUGCUUCGAGCAGUUUGUCUCCAGGGCACAGACAUUUUGCUGGUCAGGCAAAUGAACUUAUCACGGAGAUUGAGUUGCUUGAAGCAGAGGUCACGAAUCGCGAGCAUCAUGUGCUUUCUCUAUAUCGAAGUAUAUUUGAACAGACAGUAAGCAGAGCACCUUCCGAACAAAGCUCAAGCAUUUCUUCUCCAGCUCAUCAUAUAAAGCAGCCACCAAGAAAACAAGACCCAAAUGUUAUUUCAAAUGCAUUUUGUUCCUCCAAUAAUUUCCCUCUAAAGCCGUGGCAUGCUAUGGUUACUCUUAAAGAUUCGAGUAGAAAAACUUCCAAAAAGGACCAAUCUUCUCAGUUCCAGUUCAGAAACUGUAUUCCUUCAACAACAAGUUGCUCAAGUCAAGCAAAAUCCCACUUCUUAAAGGAUUCAGUAACAGUGAAGUCUCCAUCUCAGAGAACUCUUAAGGAUCAUUUGUACCAAUGCCCAAACAAGUUGUCUGAAGAUAUGGUCAAGUGUAUGUCUUCAGUGUACUUCUGGCUCUGCUGCAGUGCCAUGUCAGCAGAUCCUGAAAAGAGAAUCCUAUCAAGAUCAUCUACUAGCAAUGUGAUCAUCCCCAAGAACAUUAUGAAUGAAGACAGAGCUUGGUCCUGCAGAUCCAUGGUGGAAGUAUCUUGGAUCUCAUCAGACAAGAAAAGAUUUUCUCAAGUAACGUAUGCUAUCAACAACUAUAGGCUCCUUGUUGAACAACUAGAGAGAGUUACUAUAAAUCAAAUGGAAGGCAAUGCAAAGUUAGCCUUUUGGAUCAACAUAUACAAUGCUCUCCUCAUGCAUGCAUACUUAGCAUAUGGUGUACCUGCUCAUUCCCUCAGAAGGUUAGCUUUGUUUCACAAGUCUGCGUAUAAUAUCGGUGGGCACAUCAUCAAUGCAAACACCAUUGAAUACUCUAUCUUCUGCUUCCAGACUCCACGGAAUGGACGUUGGCUUGAGACCAUUAUUUCCACCGCCUUGAGGAAGAAACCAGCUGAAGAUAAAGUAAAGUCAAUGUUUAGCCUUGACAAACCAGAGCCACUUGUCUGUUUUGCUCUUUGCAUUGGUGCUCUAUCAGAUCCAGUGGUAACUUCUUUUGACGUUUUAUUACUAAUCUUAUUCACAUACAUAUAUUAAAUUUUGUCACAUUUCAGUCAGAAUAUGUUGGUUUACUUGAGCAAAAGAAUAGCUUGUAAUGGGAAAUUACAUGAUGGAAGUGAUUGCAGCUAAAAGCCUACACUGCAUCAAACGUUAAAGAGGAAUUAGAUGCUUCAAAAAGAGAGUUUCUUGGAGCAAACGUGGUUGUAAAGAUGCAGAAGAAAGUGUUAUUACCUAAGAUUAUAGAGAGGUUUACAAAGGAAGCUUCUCUGAGCUUUGAUGACCUGAUGAGAUGGUUAAUAGAUAACGCAGACGAAAAGCUUGGAGAAUCAAUACAAAAAUGCGUACAAGGCAAACCAAACAACAAGAAAGCAUCGCAGGUCGUCGAAUGGUUGCCAUACAGUUCAAAAUUCCGUUAUGUUUUCUCCAAGGACUUGAUGGAGAAAAAGCCCUGGUGGGUUUAGAAGGAUAUUGCUUGUGUUAUAAUGAAAGCUUUCGAUGCCCUAAUUCUCUCCCUUGUAUGUUUAUAGUGAGACAAUGAAAAAGGCUAUCCUUGUGUACAAGAGAAACUAUCUUCUUUCCCAGACCGCUCUGGCUUGAUUUUUCCUUUUUUACAAAACUAACUAAUCUAACUGCUAAUUGUGAAAUCAUAAUGUGACAUGUAUAGUUUGAUAAGACAGUGGAACAUUGUUGAUACGACGACAAGAUUUGACAAUUUUGGACUUUUGGUCGAUGUAAUAUAACACAAGAGUGAAGAGAUUGUGGUUUGAAUUUAAGAGUGAACGGUCACAAAACAAC